CAGCUCAUAAAACAAACAAACAAACCUAAGUAAACCCAGUAACUGCAAAUCAGCAAGGAAAAAAGAAAGUGAAAAAACAGAGAAGAAAAUGGGGAAACCUUUGGGAUCAACAGGAGAGUUCUUCAGGAGAAGAGACGAAUGGAGGAAGCAUCCCAUGCUCACCAACCAAUUCCGCCACGCCACUCCUGGCCUCGGCAUCGCUCUUGUAGCCUUUGGCGUCUAUCUUGUUGGAGAGCAAGUCUAUAACAAGAUUUAUGCUCCUUCCUCUGACCACUCCUCUUCUCACUCCCACUGAUUUAGAGGAUGUUGGUUUGUGUGUCUUUUUCCUUGAGAUGGAUGUUUGCCGGGAUCCCGAAGCUUGGAUUGCCUCUUGUUUUAAUUCCAUCUCCUCAGUAAUUUGGUUCAAUAAGCUUUGUUUCACAUUGAGACUUGGGGUCUGGUAAUUUUACUUUGUAUGUCCAGUUUUUGGAACAUAGACCAUUGUAGAUGUUUGUUUGCUGUAUGAUCAUGUUGGCAAUCCAACCACGGGAUAAGACAUUAAGGUCUUACAUGCAUCUUGUCUUGAAUAAGAUUUCAUCCUUCUCUA